AUGGACACUGCGAGGCUACCAAGCGGCUUUGUCGGGCACAGAUCGCCAUCGGAUAGCCUUUCAAGGCGCUCGAGUGCAGUGCCGCUGCCUGAGCAGCGCUCGUCGUCAGUCGUGCUCCGGCAGGGCGUCGCCGGCGCCGUGGCCGCCGACGAGCCCCUCACCUUCAACAACCAG